AUGAGACGUGGAAGAGGAUGGAGACCGCAUCCGAAACCAGAAGAUUCUUUUAUUGGAUUCGAAGGAAAAUGGCACGAAGAUGAUACAUUUGAGUAUCCUUGGACACGAGAAGAUUGCGGUCAGUUACCCAAAAGAGGCCCUGAGGAUUUUGAGGCAAGAUACUCUCUCCAGAAAAGGGCUGCUGCUACCUACUCUAAAGAGAGACAGAUGUCACUUGAUUUGAUUGCUUCUAGCAAGAACGACGACAAAUUUCAUCCGGUAUUUGAACAUCUUAAGGAUGCUCCGAAAAUUGAGAGGAAAAAUCCAGAACAAUUUUCUCAGGAUAUAAUAACAACAAUCCACCAAGUUAAAGAAAAUUAUUUUCCAUUGCCUGAUAAUACACUGCAUGAGCGUUUCUCAGAACUCCAAGCUGAAACUGGACUUGUGAUACCAAGGAGCUCAUAUUCUAAAAUGCACAGGACAAUUUAUGUACCUCUGGUGGGCUUUCCAAAUGAAACUGUGGGCCAUGAACCAGAACAGAGUGUGGUCAAAAUAAUCCAGCCAAAUGACCUACGACAUGACAUUGAAAGAAGGCGAAGGGAACGUUUGCAGAAUGAAGGAGAUGGAGAUGGGCACGAUUUUUACAUCGAUGGUGCUGCUGAAAGGGAUAUAGAAAGUAGACCACCGAAUUCUAAUCUGGGGGUGCUACAUCGAAGAUGAUCCUACAGGUCAAGUGUUCGGGAGCCUCUCCUUUUAUAGGAGAUCAAACGUAUAGUAAAGCACUAAUACUGUAACUUUCCUUAUUAAAAUAACUUGUUUAACAUAGUGAAAUGCUGCACAUUUUUCUAGUUGCUUAACAAUUAUUUUUAAAUUACAAUAUUGAAUUUAAAAGUUGUAUUAAACUACAGUUGGCUUUGUUUAUAUUGGUUUUGCAAAAAGUCAAAAGAACCCCCUUGGAGGGCAUGAUUUUUGGAGCUUUUUU